AUGAAUGGAAUGAAAGACUCCUUAAAUAGUCGUCUAGAUAGUCCUACAACAAGGUCUUUAUUUGUAUUUACUGAAAAAUCUGUUUUAAACCUUGCUUUAACUCUCGAUAUUCGCGUUUGCAGGUAUAUCAUGGCAUUUUGUUUUGUGGUGGGUACCGAAAUUGAGAGCACCAUUGUAGUUAAAGGCGAGGCAGGAAUGAGCAUUGCGGAACUCAAGGAUGUGGAUAUUCCUGGCGAUGCAGAAAAUGAUAAAUUCGUUAAACUGAGAACACUUACAAGCAGAUCUCAUAAUGAAGAUACUAUUAUACAAGAGCUCGAAGGGCAAAAGUUGACUGCAUUUAAGGAUUUUGUUGACAUUUUUAAUAGUGAUUCGAAGAACAUCCGCAUCAUAGUGCAACCGCCCCAGUCCGCCACCACUGUUCGAUUAGGAGAGGAUGGAAGCCAAAAAAGAAAGAAACGAACAUACGAAAUUCGUGAAGAAUCAAGCGAGGGUCGUGAUUCUUUAAUGAUUAUUUCACCUGAACGAUUGGCAACCUUCACUAAAUUCGUGGAAGAGGACCAUAUUGGACUUUUACACAGUCCCCCGUCUUCAGGAAAGAGCACCCUUGGCGAAUUUCUCCAAGAAAUUUAUAAUGAUGGAAUAUACAUCAGCUUUGCUGAUCUUAUUGUAAAAAAAAAUCAAGAAAUCGAUAUGGAUUAUUUUGAGGAGUUCUGGAAAAAUAAAGUUAGUCGUACUUGGACAGACAUCAGUAACUGCACAGAGGAUACUCAUUUAAUUGUCGAUGAAAUACAAGUAAUCUAUGGAAAACGUGCUCCAUUUUUUUGGAGUAGAGUGAAGAGCCUUAUGUCAAACACUGGGUAUAACAAACAUCUUUGGAUAUUUUUUCUCGGAACGUAUCGUCCAACACUCUCGGAUGAAGUAACGCCUAUAGAAAUUAGACAUACUCUUGAUUUAAGUGCGCUACUCUUAACAAAGUACGAGUUCAAAGUACUUGUGACAAACUUUGUCCAAAGAUAUUCUUCUCGUAGUCAUUUCGAUAUUCCCGAGGAUGUCAAGAAUGCCAUCUUUAGUCUUACUGGUGGUCAUCCCGGUCUAUGUCGAUUUAUUUUAAUACUAUUACGCACUCGUUUUCGUGAAGGUACACAAAAUAUUUCAUCAACAGCCAUUUUACAGUACCUUGCUUCGUCACAAUUACGGAAUAGUGUAACAUCAAGUUCACGUGCAUUUUACUGGAUUGCUGACUGGGAUCCAAGCGAUAAAGAAAAAGAAUUUGUUCGUCUUGUAUUACUUAGAAGUCACAGCGACACUCCAUUUAUUGUUGAUUAUGAUUCCAACCCUAUUGCCAGGAAAUUUCUUAAGUCCGGUAUUUUCGUUGAGAAUGAUAGCCAAAUACAAUUUACUGCACCUAUCAUGCGGAUUAUUCUUACCCACCAUUUGUUCACUGGUUCUUCAAGAAAGCCUACCACUACCUUUGAAGAAUUUUUAGAGAUGUCUAUUCAUCGUAUGAGCUCAUCGAAAUUAUCCGAAUCACUUGGAAGAGGCAAUUUUUCUAGUCCUUUAUACGAGAGAAGCUGGCAGAUGGAAUGGUAUCGUGCUUCUACAAUAGUAGUCCCAGAGAAUGAAUCAAUAAGUGCCGAUGUUGGACCCGUAUUUGGUUCAGCUGGUUUUCUUGAUUUUUACAUCAACGGAAAUUGUUGCUGGGGAAUUGAACUUACCCGCGAAGGCAAUCUUUUGAAGAAACAUGCAGAGCGAUUCGAAAGUGGUGGCAUAUAUAACAAUAUUCCACUGAAACAUUGGGUUAUAAUUGAUUUUCGACAUAAUUCAAAAAGUGUACGCGAAAAAAAACCAAAUUUCUGGUAUGCGCUUUAUGAUGACAAUUAUAAAAAAAUUACUAUUAUGCGUGAGGGACAUGAUGACAAAGUCAUUAUCUUGUAUGGUGAUUAUUGUGAAUAA